AAACGCGUAUUAAACCCAAACUUCUCUUUAUAAAUAUGUCUAGGGUUCUUUUGUUUUUGAUAAGUAUAUUUCUAGGGUUCUUAUUUUCAAAUCUCAAAUCAAAUUUAAUUUUCAUCUUUAAUUUGCUCGAUCGGAAUUGAAUUCCCUCUCCGUUCAAGCUCAGGCGCUGUGUAAAUCCUAUCAAGGUAGAUCGGCGGUUCGUCCAAAUACGACGGCGUUUCUGGUUACGGAGAUUCGUUUGGCGGCGGUUUGAUUAUCAAUUUGUGCUACGUUUUAUUUCUUGUAAACAAAUUCGAGAUUAGAUUUCUGUAAUUUGAUUAAUUGUAAUUGUAAUGGGAAUUCGAUAUAAAUUUGCGAGUGCGAAAGAUUUCAAUGAAAUCUCAAUUAUUGGGAAUUUUGUUACUGUCUCUGAAUUCAAAAAAAAGGUUUAUGAAUCUCAAUAUAAAUCUAAAAAGAAUGAUAAAUAUGCUACUAAAAAUGGCUUGUGUUUGGGUACUGAUUUAGAUUUUAUUGUUACCAAUGCUCAAACUAAUGAACCAUAUGAUAAUGAUUCUUGCUUAAUUCCUAAUCAUACUUAUGUUUUGCUUCGCCGCAUUCCCGGAAAUCGGCGUCGGCAAGUAAUUGAUACUAGUACUAUUAUGUUGCUUGAACGUCAGAUUCCCUUGUCGUCUAGGAAGAAUCUUGCGUCGACUAAUGUUGAAAAUUCCGGUUCUGGGUUGUCGUCUAGCAGUACUGUAACUAGUGUUUCCUUGGCGAAAUCUAGUCAGAACUCGGGGUUUCUUUGUAAUGAUGUGUUAGGUAAUGGAACGAAUAGAGUUGCGGAAUUUGAUGGUGCAGAUGAUGAAGAUAGCAGGAUUAAGUCUCUGAUUAAUACUCCUGCUAUGGACUGGAGAGGUGUUGAGGGUGGUGGAAGCUAUGCAAGAAUUGGUUCCGGUUUGGAGAUGAAAACUCCGCACGAGGGCUAUGUUUGUCGGAGGUGUAAUGUUUCGGGACAUUUUAUUCAACAUUGCCCUACGAACGGCGAUCCUUCGUAUGAUUUCAAGAGAAUGAUGAAGAAUGUUGCAGCUCCUGUUUUGCAACAGAGUGAGGCUGCUUUUGACAUGGAAGUCGGGGGACUACCUACUACGAAGAAGAGAUCGUGGUGUGCGAGUGAUGUUCCAGCGGAAUUUCUAUGUUCAUUAUGUAAGCAGGUAAUGAAAGAUGCUGUAUUGACUAGUAAAUGCUGUUUUAAUAGCUUUUGUGAUAAGUGUAUAAGGGAUCAUUUGAUGAACUCUAAGUUGAAUUGUGUGUGUGGAGCAACACAAAUUCUUACAGACUCCCUUAUUCCUAACCUUACACUUAGAGAAACUAUUAAUCGCAUUCUAGCAAGCGGUAUUUCCAGUAGUAGUAGCAGUGGCAAUAGUAAGGUGUCUUCAGUAGUACAAUCUGCCGCUGAAUUACCUGAAUGUGGAAAGAAACCAUUGCCCGUCUCUAUGCGGGACGUGGGAAAUAAAAGGAAGCUCUGUGAUGCUUCACAGUCUACGAAUGAUAUAUCUGUAGCCACAGUCGGGUCGAUGAGAUUGGAAGAGGCGACAUCACGUGGAAGUAGUCUUCAAGCUGAAGAAUUGCAGCAGAAGGCAGGUUCAGCUGUGGAAGUGCAGCAAAAGGCGGUUUCCGGUGAGAAGGCGAAGAAGAAACGGAAGACGAGAAAUACUGAAGACGUCGCGGCUGAGAGCUAUACGAUGCCUAAUGCCUCUUAUGGCUAUAGUCCACAUUGGGUUGGUUAUAAUCCAUAUUACUAUAGUGGUGGGGGUUAUAACCCUUUCUGCAGUCCAUUUGGGAUGUAGUGCUUCAAAAUUGUUUUUCUGAUCUUUUUAAGGACUAUCAUGUAAUGAACAAUAAGAAGAUGAUACAGAGUUGAAUGGUUCUGCUUUUGUUUUCAAUAACUUUCUAGUAUCUCUAUUUGUAAAUUCUGUUAACUGUUUCAAUGGAAGUUGGAAUUUUAUUCUAAAA